AUGAAGCUCUCCGCAAUCAUCGGCCUUCUCCUCACUGUCUCUGUCGUCCACUGCCAUCCCAGUGGCAUCGACUGGGGCUACGCUGUGAACUACCACCAGCGAGUUCUUCAAGAGAGCGAUGACCGAGGCUUUGGCUUGAAUGAGCCUUUCAUUCCGAUCCCCACACAUAUUCUUCCUGAGAAACGCCCUUUCAUCAUCGACGAGUCGGUCCACUACUACGAGCGACACUACAAUGGGUCCGGACCCGGCGAAAAUUACCGUCGCGCGUCUUGCCCUGCGAUCAACGCAUUGGCGAAUCGGGGAUAUAUCAAUCGAACGGGGAGGAACAUCACUUACGCAGAGCUCGCCCGCGCCGUUCGCAGAGUCUGGAACUUCGGCGAUGACAACGACGACCAAGUUCAAUAUGUCAUUAAUUGCCCUGCCGCACCGACCCGUAACGAUCGUGCGGUUGGGGACAAUAUCAACCUCAAUAUGACACUCUUCGAAUCUCUGCUGUCAUUCUCCAAGGACGGUGAAACUCUGUCCCUGGAGGACAUGGCGGAGCACCAUCACCUUCGUCACAACCAAAGCAAAGCGGAGAAUCCCAAUUUCGUAUUUGGCAACCAGGCCCAGUACACCAACAUGGUGGGGGUGCUCGGCAAAUUUGGCAAGCACGGCCGGACCACCCUCUUCCUUGACGAUGUGAAGACAUUCUAUCUUGAGGAGGAUAUUCCUCGCAUGUACGAACGGAGAGAGGCACCGGUGAGGGUCUACCUUCUCCCUUCUCCCCAUUUUUCUUUUCUUUUUUCUCCCUCUUUUCUUCCGAGACGUUGUUGA